CACCCUCUCUAUCACGGCCAUAUAUCUGGACAGAUUCAGACAACCAUCCAGUGUGCUUGCUGUCCUCCGAAGAGCUUCUCUGCUGUCAGAAUUCAGUUCUGUUGGACACCGCUGUCGACAUGAUGAUCAGAAUUGUGCUUGGAGUCAUUGCAGCGAUUGGAUUCCUCACUCUCAGUGAAGCCCUGACAUGUAAUUCCUGCAAAGUGGGCAUUCUAGGCAAAUGUUUAUUUAGUUCCCAAGUGUCCUGCGCUGCCUCUGAGACCAACUGCUACACUGCCAAAGCAGAGUUCAAUGUGACUGGGUUUUUGAGCCUGUCCUCCAGUGGGUGCACAUCUGAUUGCAACAACACCGCCGGAAGCAUCCUGGGUGCGGGAUACACCGUGACUAAAAGCUGCUGCGCUGUAAAUCUGUGCAACGGAGCGAGUGCUGCGCAGCUGUCUGUGGCUGGGGCUCUCAGCGCCGCACUGUCGGCCUCCGUCUGGAGCAGCUACACGCUGUAGAUGUCUGUGCAGUGUUAUGUUCACAGUACCUGAACCGGAAUCAAUGAAGAUAUCAACUCUAGAAUGUGUAGAUCCCAUAAAUUUAAUUUGUUUACUCCACUGUGUUUAUUUGUCCCAUUGCAUAUAUGCAAUGAUAAAGUUUUUUUUUUUUAAUAUAUGUAUAAACAUUUACUUACAAUGUAAAAUAUCAAAACUUAUUUGUAUUAUUAUUAUAAAACCUACAUUUGGAUGCACACUGUGGAAUAAGGUGAUGAUAUAUUAGAGGUGGAACUGAAUAAAUUUCACAGCAGUGACUCUGGGUUAGAUACUG